AUGGAUCACGUGCCCCCCGAAGUUACGAAUAUGAUAUUUGAGGCGGUGGCUUCACCGAACGACCGCGCUUCUCGGAAAGAUCUAUGCAAUUUGCGAAUGGUCAAUAAAUCCUUCUCGGUCAUGGGAGCACCUCAUGUCUUUCAUACUAUUCCCUUGUGGAUCGGGCUACGUAGCCUUGAGAAUUUGCACACUCUUUCUCAGCAUCCCACCAUUUCUAAGCUUGUCACCCACAUUAAGUUUUCCGUUGUACAGAUCAAGGCCGAUAAGGAAGGCAACAUGCAUCAAGAGGUCAAAGCGAAGUUUGAGGCAGACCAUGGCAACCAUGCCAUCAGCACCUGCGAUAUCGCCGUUAUCAAACACAUGGCCGCAAGAGCGAAUUAUAUUGAAGCCCAAAAGUGGCUCCAUACUUCGAAGCAAGCGCUGAUGCUUCUCACCCGCGCCUUUUCAAAAUUUUCAAGCCUCCAAAGUUUUUCUGUGAGCAUUGGAGAUGAUUGGAUUGGAGCGAAAGAGCUCAAUCAAGCCUUUGGACGACUUAUCGGUGACGAAAUCCUUUUCAGUACCAAGUCGAUUCUUCCCAUUGCAUUCCGGGCCUUGCACACCGCACGAGUAAAGCUUGAAGAGCUGUCAAUCAGUGUGCGAGCUGGCAGUCCCUCACGACCAUAUGGAAGCUUGAACCCCUGCGGUAUUACUCCUUCUAGGAGACAUUUGAUGCGUAGGAUGACCGACGAUUGCAUGACUGCAGCCCUCGCGGCAUUCCCAAUGGAUUUCACAGCAGAUCAUUGCUGGAAAUCGUUGAAGAGUCUCGGACUUAUGUUGCCAGCUUUUGGAGGGCAGCGACACUACAAAACCUGCGAAAGGAUUUUUAAUCAGCUUCAUGCAUGCAAAGAUCUCUCCGCACUCACUGUAACAGGUCUUAGUGCAUUGUGGCAGGACGCCUAUUUUGGGUCAGGCACCCAACAAUUUCUGCCAAACCUGCUGUAUCUUGACUUGAAACUUGUCGAAUUCCCUCAUUUCAAAGGCUUUCUGGGAUUUUUCUACGCUCAUUGUGAUAAAUUACAGACCGUCAAGUUUCUCUGGGUCAAAUUUGCCGAUCCCGGUGUGGCAGAUCCAUGGAAAACAGCGGCAGCUCGCAUGAGACGAUGGACUUGGAGCGCUAUUCAAUCUUUCACCAUCUCUGAAUCAUUUGGAGAGACACCAGAUGGUGAUAUUGCACCCUACCUGAGGAAAGAAGUCAUGGAUAAUCCAUGUGCAGCCUGA